AUGGGUAAGAUAAUGGCCGAAGCGGGUAAGGCAGCAAUGAGAGGAUGGGAGAAACGACAAAGGGUCAGGCAACCUACAAGUAGCCCUGAAGAAAGGAUAACAAUGUCCCAAGGUCACCGUUUCUGGAUGUCAGCUACUGGUUUGAACCAGCUCAAUGCCAACUCCUUUGCGGCAGAUAGCUAG